AUGGCGGAGGAGCAGUGCCAGUCUCCGCCGGAGUGUCCUCGCCUUUGCGCGAACAACUGUGGGUUCUUCGGCAGCUCUGCGACCCUCGACCUCUGCUCCAAAUGCUACCGCGACCACCACCUGAAGGCCGAGCAGGAUGCCUCCGCCAAGAUGGCGGUGGAGAAGUCUUUCCUUCCCUCAGCCUCCGCCCUGGACGUGGACCCAUCCCCAUCACUCCCAUCUCUGUCCAAGCCAAAGGUAGAGCUCUCCUCGACAUCAGAGCCGCCGUCCGAGGCGGCGCCACUUGCGGACGUCGCCGCAGCUCCGUCGAAGAAGGCGGGGCGGUGCACGGAGUGCUCGAAGAGGGCUGGACUAACGGGAUUCAAGUGUCGAUGCGGGCACACCUUCUGUGGUUCCCACAGGUACCCUGAGCAGCACAGUUGCGAGUUCGACUUCAAGUCUGCCGGCAGGGAAGCCAUCGCCCGAGCAAAUCCCGUCGUCAAGGCCGACAAGCUCCUGGACAAGAUCUGA